AUGAAAGAAAAGUUGAAGCAAGUCAGAAUACUUACAGUACAUCAUCAUUCAAGUUAUUGGUGUCGACCUGAUAAAUUUCCUUCAAUCUUUUUACCCAAUCUGAUCACGUUGGAUAUACAAGUAGAUGAAGAAUUUUAUAAUCAUUUCCACGAUCGAACUAGAACACCUGCGCCUACCUCCAAUUCAUCCUGUCCAUUGCUAUUAGAAUUGAAACCGAAGAAUUUGAUUCUACGGAUACACGGAUUUGAAAGAGUGAUAUAUGGGUAUGGAGGAAUACCGUUAGGCAUAUUCGACAAGGUCGAUAGUGUGUUUCUCAUACCGAGAGUCGGCAUAGGGUACAUGGCUUAUUUCGAUCCUUAUGAGGGAUUAUCUAGAUCACCCCCUUCAAGGAUCAAAUCGAUUACUAUUAUAUAUAAGGUUAUCCCGGAUUAUACUUCAUCUGCACAAGAAUCGAUGAAGCAACGUAGAAAAGGUAAUAGAUACGCAAAGUUACAAAAGAUGGUAGAAGAUCUCGGAGAUAGCGAGAUCUCUCUUAUAAUAGUACUUCAGCGUUACCUAAGUGAGGGAGUUGAAGAAGAGAUGCAACAAGCGAUAAACAUUCAUUUAGAUGGGCUGCCGGAAAAGUUUUGGUCCCAAGAGAAAAAAGAGAAACGGAAGAAGAUGGUAGGGGUUUUGUCUUUGCAGCGGUGGGUGGCAGAGAGAUGGAGAUGGGAAGAUCGGUUUGAUGAAGAUGAGGUAUGGGGUUGGGAAGACGAAGGUGGAAUUUUGUAA